GAAAAUGGAAGCGCUCAGCCUGUGCGGAGGAUUCAAGCUCCGCCUGGCGGCCGCCGAGGAUGCCGAUGCCGCCACGGCCGCAUUCCUGCCUCAGCGCGUGGCGCUUCAAUCCACAUUUGGAGCUUUCGAUUUCCAUUUCAUCAUUGAGAUGUCCAUCUACUCGUUUGUGGUGCUGAAUGCCGACGACAAAUUGGUGGCGUUUUGUUCUUUCAACGACGCGCCAUCAGUUCCCGGGACUGUUGCAAUGAGAAAAAUUCCUGACGCUAGAGCUUGGGCGAGGCAAGAAGCAUCGGAUCUUGGAUUCCUGACGGAUAGCUUGUUAUGGAUGGGGGUGUGUGCGAUGUGCUCGCUUACUGAGGAUGAAAUGCAGCGUGCUUCAUCAGCUUUUAUGCGCGCUGUCUUUACCCUUUGUCCCGAUAUCCAAGCUGUUCUUCUUCCAAGCCCUGCGCAAUAUCCAGUUUUUCCCCAGUUAUUCAAGACGAUGUCACGGACUUCUGAUUAUGGGCUUCUCAUGUGUGCAUGCUUGCGAAGCAUUAAUAACCCAUGAAGCCGGCUUACUGGAUGAUUUGUUUGUAAAUGUCCAGCACAGUUCUUCCGACCAUGAAAAUCAGAAGGGCUGUGGUUGAGGACAAUGAUGAGCUGCUUCCGGUCAUUGAGCGGGCUCAGAAGAGGGGCUCGCCGUUGGCUCAAGUGCCUGAAAUCG